GUGGUAAUGAGGUUGAGACCAAUUUCAAAAUGGCGGCGGCCUUGAAGGGAUUAAUUUCUGUAUGUAUAGUUUUCCUUAUUUUUGUUUGUUCGUGGGUGAUCGCCGUGCUUCUAGAUUAUUAUGCAGGGCAAGGUGUUAACAAGACCCUCCACCCAAGAAACUUUGAACCGCCAUAUCCAGGCGACCGAAUGGAUAAUUUAUUUUGGUUUGUACAGAUAUCAGAUCUUCACAUCAGUAAGUUCAGAGACCAACAGAGAGUGAAGGACUUAGAAGAAUUCUGCAGUCGGUAUAUCGAUGUGAUAAAACCUGUUUUUGUCUUGGCAACAGGGGACCUUACAGAUGCCAAGGAACCUGACCUCCUUGGAUCACAGCAGUAUCCAGAAGAGUGGGAAACCUACUAUGGCAUUUUGCAAAAUUCUGGUGUCACACAUAAAACAAAAUGGCUUGAUAUCAGAGGGAAUCAUGAUGCAUUUGAUGUACCAUCAUUGAAAAGCUCAAAGAAUUAUUUUAGGUCUUAUUCAUCUAGUGGCCCUGAUCCCUCCAGAGGAGUUGCAUCAUAUCAGGUCAUGCAUAGAACCACUUUUGGAUUGUAUGCCUUUAAUGCCCUUGACAUGACAUUACACCAUGGAACCAGACGCCCAUUCAACUUCUUUGGACAUGUCGAAGAGGACAGAGUGAAGAAAAUGGAAGAGUUUGCUGAAAGAAGUCUUACUGCAAACAUGUCCAUCUGGUUUGGGCAUUACACAUUCUCAACUCUGACCAGACCUUCCCUUCGCAAACUACUGAGAAAUGGAGCUGUAUACAUGUGUGGUCACCUGCACACUUUGGGAGAGGCAGUUCCUAAAAUGCAUGCAGUACAUCCCCAGGGUCACCUCGAGCUGGAGUUAGGAGACUGGCUCGGCCCAAGAAACUACCGCAUUGCUGCAAUCGACCACGACCUGUUCUCAUUUGUGGAUGUUCGAAUCAACACCUGGCCUAUAAUCCUGAUAACGAACCCUAAAGACGCUCACUACUUAAUGCCUGCCUUUGAGCCUGUUGGACGAAUCAAUAUGUCUACCCAUAUAAGGAUGCUGAUAUUUUCCCUGGAUGACAUUACCUCUGUGUCUGUGAUGCUGGAUGGAGAAUUCAUCAGUUCUGAAGUUCUACAUGUUCAAGGGCCAUUAUUUGUGGCCAAGUGGUCACCUGACCUAUAUUCGUCUGGGGUACACACCAUGAAUGUUACUGCUAAGGACUCCCAAGGCAGAGUAAACUCCAAUGUACAGCUGUUUUCAGUGGAUGGUACACGCCCUCUCUUGAAGCUCCUGCCUGCUUUCAUAUUACUUACAGAUUUCUGUACAUUGGGUAGGGUGGUGUUCUACCUCACUGUGUUAUUUGUGGUGUUUGGCCUGUGCUUAUUCAGGAUUGCAAACAUUGGCAACUACACAGGUUGUCUGCGCUGGUUACUUGGUUGGCUGUUUGGAAGCCUUACUAAGCUAGCACGGAUAAAUGCCUUGUUUUAUCCAUUAUUUUGCUAUAGCGUUUACAUGAUUAUUGGGCCAUGGUUUAUUGGUGAGCUUAUUCGUGGCCAUGUCGGCUCGAUGUUUGUCUUUGGAAUUUAUGUAGAAGGUCACUGGAUUCCUGGCACCCUUACUUUCUACUAUGGAAUUGUUCAGCUUUUGUCCUUCAAUUUUCCAAUAACUCUGUGCCUAGCGUCAUACGUCAGCUACCCUCAAAGCCCCGUUCAGACGAUGCACAGACCCCAUAUUCUAACCUUUCACAUCUCGUGUCAACCCUGGUGCAGAUGUGUGAUACAUGUGGUGUACCUGGCCAUUAUUGCCUGGCAAGCAAGCUCUUGUGUGGUGAUCUGGAGGGCGUAUGGUGCUAUGGCUUGCUUGUUAAGUCCCGUAAAACUGUGGUCUCUACCGCUCGCAGGAUAUUUAUGGUGGAAGGCCAAUAGUCUAUGAGUUUUACAGUAUAAUAUAGUAUAACUAGACUACAGACAAACUGGGGCGCGUGAGGGCGCGGUGAGGGAAGUCAAUCAACAAAUAGGGUUAGUGCACGAAACGUUAAACUGCACACUAUUCCUA